AUGCUUCUAGGGGUGAGUGAAGCAAUUUUUAAGUGCCCGAAGAACCAAGUAAUUAUUCGAAAUGAACUUGGUCCUGGAAGAAGUCUAGAAUAUCAUUGUCAUGCUAAUGGAAAAGAUGAAGGCGUCCAUUUUUUAAAAUUCAAUGAACAAAGGAAUUUUGAAUUCGUCGAUUCUGGAUUUGGAAAAAAGAGAAAAGUGAAUUGUGUUUUGAGGCAAGGGUUGUGGAUGGAGAAUUCUUCUCGAGACUUUGAAGCAUACCAUACAUCUCGUAAACAUCCUUGUCAACAGGAUAUGCUUUAUCUCUCGGCCACCGCUGCGUUUUAUAUACCCAACCAAAAGCUUCCCCAACUCACACACGAAGCAUUAAAAAUGGGUCAACCCGAAAACCGGAUCAUAAUGCUUCAUCAAUAUAGAACUAAUUAUUUCGGACCACUUGGUAAAUGUCAAUCAUUCAGUUGGGAGAUCUGA